AUGGCAGAGAAGAUCCUGGUGACUGGUGGAGCUGGUUAUAUUGGCAGCCACUGUGUGCUGGAGCUGGUGGAGGCUGGCUAUGUCCCUGUGGUCAUAGACAACUUUCACAAUGCUAUCCGAGGGGCAGAUGCGCUCCCUGAAAGCCUCCGGCGUGUGCAGCAGAUCGUGCACCAGCCCAUCCUCUUCCAGGAGCUGGAUAUCACAGAUGAGGCAGCGCUGCAGGAGCUCUUCAGCAAGCACCACUUCUCGGCCGUGAUGCACUUUGCAGGGCUGAAGGCAGUGGGGGAGUCUGUGCAGAAGCCCCUGGAGUACUACAGGGUGAACCUCACUGGGACUAUCCGGCUGCUGGAGGCCAUGAAAGCCCACAGCGUGAGGAACAUCGUGUUCAGCAGCUCUGCCACUGUCUAUGGAGACCCCAAAUACCUGCCCCUGGAUGAGAACCACCCGGUUGGAGGCUGCACCAACCCCUAUGGCAAAUCCAAGUACUUCAUUGAGGAGAUGAUUCGAGAUCUCUGCAAAGCAGAGAAGGACUGGAACGCCGUUAUCCUGCGCUACUUCAACCCUAUCGGUGCCCAUGAGUCAGGCAUGAUCGGAGAAGAUCCUCAGGGGAUCCCAAACAACCUCAUGCCUUAUGUGGCUCAGGUGGCGGUGGGGCGCCGGGACGUCCUGAGCGUGUUUGGGGACGACUACAAGACGGACGAUGGAACGGGUGUCAGGGAUUACAUCCAUGUUGUGGAUUUGGCCAAGGGCCAUAUCGCUGCUUUGAAGAAGCUCAAAGAGAACUGCGGCUGCAAGAUCUACAAUCUGGGCACAGGCACCGGCUACUCUGUCCUGCAGAUGGUCCGGGCCAUGGAGAAAGCCUCAGGGAGGGAGAUCAAGUACAAGAUCACAGGCCGGCGGGAGGGAGAUGUGGCUUCCUGCUAUGCCAACCCAGCGCUGGCUGAGCGUGAGCUGGGCUGGAAAGCUGCUUUUGGCUUGGACAAGAUGUGUGAGGACCUGUGGCGAUGGCAGCUGCAGAAUCCCGCAGGCUUCAGCAAGAACUGAACUGGGUUGGGGGCCCCGCAGGCAUGCCCGACUGCCGUGGGCCCUCACUGGGCAGCGCUGCCUGCACCCUCCCAAGGUCCCAGUGAGGUUGUGAUAAUCCUGGAUGACUUUCCAACCCCUACCCACCUUUUGCAUGGGGCAGGAGGUCCCUCAGCCUCCUCCCUGUACUUCUUCCCCCUGUCCCCAGGUCCUCUUCAUCUCAUAGACCAGGAAGACAAGGAAAAGCAGAUCUAGGGCCCAGCCUGGGCACCUAGGCCAGAAAAGCCCCUUGUGGGGGCUGCUGCUGGUCCCAGCAAGAAGGUGCUUAGCUAGGCCCUGGGGCUGCUGCUGGAGCUGCUCCUAGGCCAUCCCCUUCCCAGCCUGCCCCUGGCCUGGCCCUCUGCUUCCCCAAGUCUGGGAGCAGGGGGAGACUCCUGGGGACCAGAGAUGGCUGCCAUCUCCCUUACCUACCUCAUGGCCUCAGGCUGCCACCUCUUCUUCUCAGCCCUGCAGGGACCGCAGUCGCAGCCUGAGGCUGUUGGCCCAGGAGGUAGCGUGGCUCCUUCCCCCAGCCCAGCGCUCUGGGGACGGGGGCCCUGUUGGCGGGUGGGGGCUGCCCUGCUUCCCCCACCCCCAUUGCAGGCCUAGGGCCCGAUUUGCAUCUGCCACAUUCUCCUGCCAGGCCGGCGGAGCCCACGCCCGCAGCCCGCACCCAGCACUACUCCCUCUGCUCCCAGGCACGGGUUAGGCAAGAAACCCUAAAGUGCUUGUGCGAGCAAUCGCGGCCACCAGCCCUGCUUCUGGCCACGCGGCUCCCCCAGCCCCCGAGAGCCAUGUCUCCGGGCUGGGUGUCAGGAAUGCAGAGGUGGCUGGUGUCCGGUUUUGCUUCUGAGCUGCCUGGGGCAGCCACUUCCGUAAUCGUGUUGCCAAGGGCUGUCCAGGAGAAGGCUCCACUUGGCUGUCAAAUACUGGUCCUAUUUAUUACCGGCAGCUCUAACGCCUUCAUUAGGCAGUGAUGACGCAGCCAGCCUGGUUUGCUGUCACUUAGAUUAAUAACUUAUGCUACUAAAUUAUGAAUGGGGCUUUUGAUUUGUUUUUAAAUAAACUUUCUUAC